AUGCAUCACGAGGCCAUAGGCAUCUAUUUCAGUCGCUCGUAUGAGCCCCCUUUGGGAAUCAGUUAUGGGGCCGGUGGGUCUGACAUGGUUGUUGGUGCCUUCUUCCUGCAUCGAUUGGGAGGCGAUCGGCACUACAAUGGUGAAACAUGGGACGACAACCUACCGACAGAUCAAUGGAACGUAAUGAAACGACUGGAGCUAGGUCGGUCAGGGACAGCCUGA